ACAACCGGAGCUCAGCAGCCAGAGGGGCUGGGAGGUGAUGGGAGGGCAGGGUCUCUGGGGGAGGGUGGAGGGUGAGGACUUCCCUGGCCGGGCCUCUCCCACCAGGUCUUAGGGGACGUUGAGUCGCUGCAGAGAUUACUGGUACCCGCCUGAAAUCCUCAGCAGCAAUUUUGCCCCCCCACUCCCCAGGGUCCUGGCCACAUUCUCCAAGGGACCUUUACUGAGCCAUGGGUGACGAUGUCUGGGGCUGAGACCCCCGACAGUGCCCGAGAGCCCAGGGGCUCAGCUCAGACUCAGCCUGGCUAAUUCACCCAGCCUCCAGCCCCCAUGCCAGGAGCCAUUAGCCCUGUCCUGUGCACAGAUGGCGAAGCGACUUGCACAAGGUCACACAGCGAACUGGUGGCAGAUCAGUCCUGACCCCCAGCCCCCCUGCUCUAGCCACUAGUCCCCACUCCCCUCCCAGAGCUAGGGAAGGAACCCAGUAGUCCUGACUCCCAGCCCCGCUGCUCUAGCCACUAGUCCUGGCCCCUCAGACAUACAGAGAAGUGCCAGGGAGGCAGUACCAGCAGGCUAAGGAGAGGCUAAGGAGAGGGAUGGGGCCUUUGGGUAGCAGAGGGAAGUCAUGAAGGACAAGUCUCGCCAGCCAGCCCUUUGCACGCUGGGCAGACCGGGACACCGGGGCCCCUCAGAGCGGCCUGCUGGGGCGGCCGUUGCGCUGAGAGGAGCGAUCAUCCCGGAGGAGCCUCCAGCACCACAGGCCAGGAGCCAGUUUCCACCCUGCUAGUUCUCCGACCCGCUCCGCUGAACCCAUGGGGCCUCCCCCCACACGCUCCCUAUGGCCACCGCCCAAAAGGCAGCCGCCUGGGGCCUGGGGCGUGGCAGCUGUUCGCACAGGGACCCCUCACCCUCUGCUAAGAUGCAGCUGUCUCUGGAGUGGAGGCAGCAGCUGGUUAUCAGCCCCUCAGAACACACCAUGCCAGAGCAGCUUAGGACAGGACAGGAAGACUCCUUAGCCCCGGGAAAGUAUGUGGGAGUUUUAGCUUGGCUGCAGUCACUUACACUGGUAUUUGGCCAGGCCGCGGGGGCUAACACCCAGGCGGCAGGGGCUAUUCAGUGAACACAAGUGGCUCUGAGUUUUAGGUUUCCUCAGGGUCAGCAUCGCCCAGCCCUGCUGGCCAUUCCUGGCCUGGCCCCAGCGGUCCCCCAUUCACAUCCUGAGCCAGCCCCACCCACCUCGCUAGGGAAAACUGACGAAAUCCCGGCUCCAGGGCCUCCGGCUGCACACCAGGAACACGCCUUCUGCCAGCGUAGGCUAGCUUACGGCCGGGGCGCUGGGCUCGAAGCCGGCCAGGGCCCAGCUCCCAGGUUCCCCUUUGUGUCUCUGCGGCGGGGGCGUGGGGGCAGGUGAGCUGCCCCCACAAGCUGGCGCGUCCCGUGUCCCUCGUACUGUUUGUGCUGGGUGGUGAUUCGGGCUGGGAAUGGCAAACCUGGCCGUGGAGUGGGAGGGGCCCCGGCCCCACGCUGGCCCCGUGCCAGGCUAUGAAAUGAGACACCUUGCACCACAGCCAUAACUUGCGGAUACCUUGGUGAGGUGUCUCCCACUCACACCUCUCGGCGGUAUAAAACCUGGCGGGGGACCGGCCCGCCCCGUCCUGUCCCAGAAGAGCCUUUGGAGCAGCAAAGCCCCAGCACCUGAUGUGAAGCCAGCUCUUGGGAGUUCACCCAACGCCUUGACUCAGCUUGGAUCAUAGGAGGAGCCCGGGUCCACCCCCUGCACCGCUCCCAGCAGCAUCUCACGGGAAAGCCAAGCAGGAGAGCGAGCCAAGGAACCGGAGUGCCGGAGAGAGGCAGCAUGGGCCAGUGUCACUGUCACAAGAAGCGCAAGGACAGCCAGGAGCUAACCGACGUGGAGAGGGCGAUCGAGAUCGUGAUCAACAACUUCCACCGCUACGCGGUGAAGGGGCGGAAGGAGUGCCUGACCCCCAACGAGCUCAGGGACCUGGUGGUGCAGCAGCUGCCUCAGCUAUCGCAGCAUGUCUGCUCGCUGGAUGAGAAGAUCGAGUGCCUUGGGGACCCUGAUGAGGCUAAGCUGGAGUUCGGCGAGUACUGGGCCAUCAUCGGGGAGGCAGCCAAAGGCUGCCGAGUGAAGAAGUAACAGGCCUGAGGGGAGACACGGACCGUGAGGCCUCAGACCAUCUGCAUGGAGAGCGAGCGAGCAAGACUGUCAGCCAUGAUGUGUUGUGUUGAAAAUGCAGUGUUAAUCCUCCUGCGGCACGUUUCCUCUCUCCUUCCCCCAGCUCGGGAACCUCUUCAUUCUGGGCUCUCUCUCCCUUCCUCUGAGUCUGGAACCUUUUCAGUCUGGGGCCCAUCUUGCCUGCUCUAGAAACCUCCCUCCCCUCUGCUCACCUGCUCUAGAAGCUUUUCAUUCACCCUUACGAUGGAACCUACAAAUGCUGGGGGGUGGGGGGGUGGGGGGGGUGUUGUCCUCCAGCGCUGGCAACUUAAAUUCACGGACAUCGAUCCCUUUAGUGGAGGAACUUUAAGCCCUAGAUUUGAACCUUGCCAGUUUUGGAAUCUUAAAAUGUGCCAUUUUCUAGCUCUUUUGCUCUAGAACCUUGACAUUCUUGGGGGGGUGUUCCCCCCAGCUCUGGUACCUUAAAGUGCAGGGGUUUAGCUACUUUACUCCAGAACCUUUAGAGUCUGUGGUUCCAUCUGCCCAGCCCUGAUACCUUCCCCUCCUCCUCUUCCAGGAUCUCUCCUUGGAUCACUGCCCCGAGCAGUUCAGAGCUGGGCACUGGCCCCUCCAUUCCUACAGGUCGCUGCCAAUCUCCAGGGAGGGGCGUUUGGGAAGCGGCUGACAGCCACCUGGCCCUGCCAACCCUGGGGCAGCUCACUGCAUCGGGUGGAAACUAUUACUCAAGCCUACGGGGAGAGGGGGCUGGAAAGAGAGGGGAGGGAGCCAGGAGCUGGGGUUAGAUGUGGGACCAGGGCUCUAGGUGGGUGGGAGGCAGGGAGGGGUGGAGGGCAGCUCGGGGUGUGACAUGAGGCUGUUGUGUGUCUGGGAUCUUUGAUUUGUCUAUGGAGUGUGGGGCUCAGCUACCGGUUCAGCUGGCUCCAUGUUGAGGGGGCUACCCCGGCUCUUUAGAUUGACACUGUGGUCCCAGGGUUGAGGGGUGGGGGUGGGAGACCCCCCCGCAGCAUGACCCACCCCCCGCUGCAGCACGACGAGCAUGCAACACCCCCAAGCGCCCCCCCACCCCGACAACUGGACACUCAGAAUUGUAACAGAGCCCCAGCACGUGACGGCUCUGCGGGGUGGGAGGGGCACUGCGCACCCCAGCGUCCCUGCUCUCCAUGGACCCCUGACACGCUUGACACCAACCCUGACCCCAGACCCCACCGAGGCGCAUCCUGGGGGUGGGGGUUGAACUUUCCACUGGAAGGAAGCAGAGGCCAGUGGUGACCACAGGGGGUGGCUGCGAGUCAGGACUCCUGGGUUCUAGUCCAACUCUAGCAGUUCAGGCUAGUGGUUAGAGCGGGGGACCUGCGGUAAGCCAGGACGUCUGGGUGCUGCUCCUGAUUCUGCCAUUGGCCUUGCCAGUCCCUUCCCUCCUCUGCACCUUGGUUUGUAGCCCAUCGGGGGGAGGGGACCAUCAGGCUCCAGACACGGGGCACAGUAUUAUUGGUAUUAAGCGUUCCUCCCUGAGCUGGGACUGUUACCCCUGGGACUGGGGAGAAAACACCUCCCCCUCCUGCCACCCCCAGCCGGUCCAGCAGCCGCUUGUGUCGCUUGCUAAGGUUUUUGUAUAAAUCAAUAAAAGAAACAA